CGAUUAACAAAAGAAAAUUUUCCAUUUUAUCGUUUGGUCAUAGAACUUGACAAUUAUUAUUACAUUUUUCCUAUUAGAAAUAUUAUGACCUAGUCUAGUCAUAAAAUUAGAUUUAUUUAGGUUUUAUAGUUACAUUCCUGCCUAUAGCAAAUUCGUGAUUUAUAGUUUUAAUUGUGCUAUGCAUUAAACGUACUAAAAACAAAAUCUGAGUACAUUCAUAAUUGGAUCAUUUAAGAAAGAGAUAUGCCUGUAGCAAUGAAUCGCAGACGUGUCAACAAUUUUACGUAUGUCAGCCCUUGCGUAAAAUAUAUGAUAUUUUUACUUAACUUUUUAUUUUGGUUAUUUGGUGGAUUAUUAGUAGCUGCUGGGACUUUUGCAUUUUAUGAAAAAUGGAAUACUAUGGGUUCAAUUAAGCUAAAUACAUUCUCUGAUGUCAUUCUAAAUAUAUCUUUAGUUUUAAUCAUUGCUGGUCAGAUAAUAUUCAUUGUAAGCUUUGCUGGUUGUAUUGGUGCGUUGCGAGAAAAUACAACUUUACUCAAAUUUUAUUCGCUAUGUCUUUUAAUAUUCUUUUUGCUUGAAAUGGGAAUAGCAAUUUUGGGUUUUGUUUUUCCACAUCAUAUGCAAGCAACUUUAGAAGAGUCGUUUACAGAUAAAAUUAUUCACACAUAUCGUGAUGAUCCAGAUUUACAAAAUUUAAUUGAUUUUGCUCAAAAAGAAUUUCAAUGUUGUGGACUUAGUUCUGAAGGGUACAUAGAUUGGUCAAAAAAUGAAUAUUUCAAUUGUACUUCACCAAGUGUUGAGAAAUGUGGUGUUCCAUAUUCGUGCUGUAUUAAUGCGUCAGAUAUUUCGAAAGGACUUGUUAAUGUCAUGUGUGGAUAUGGUGCGCAAGACAGCUCUGUCGCUGAAGCAAGUAAACGAGUAUGGACAAGUGGAUGUAUUGAAGUUAUCCGUAUAUGGGCUGAAAGAAACCUUUACACUAUUGCAGGUGUAGCUUUAGGAGUAGCGUUAUCUCAACUUCUUAUUAUUAACUUAGCAAAAACAUUAGAAGGUCAAAUCGAUUUACAAAAAUCCAGAUGGGCUUCUUGAAAAAUAAUUAAUGUAUGGAAAGCUAAGUAAAAGUUUAAGCUUUGCAAGUUUCAAAAAUUAAUUCAUUAUUCAUCCAUAGACCAUAAUGAAACAAUAAUUGUCAACAAAAAAAAUUGUUUUACAAUAAUAUACAUAUAUAUAAUUUGUAUAUAACCUAUGUUAAAAUGUAAAUUUGACUACUUCUGAAUUGUUCAAUACUACUACUUAUUAUUUUUUUUUAUGUAUAAAUAUUAUGGUGUUUACUUCAUUUAAGUGCUUAUCUUUUAUUUCAGAAUGAUGUUUGAUGCUAUAUAUAAUGAAAUUGCAUAUCCUGUAUACAUAAUAAUUUAGUUAUAAGUUUAAAUAUGUCCACAUAAAAAAUGUGCAUACUGAAUUUUCUUGCAUUUAGACAACUACCACAUUCAGAUAGUUAAAAAUACUUGUUUUAACUAAUGAUUUAAGUCUUUUAUAAUAUGUUAUAAUUUAAUCUCUAAUAUUAUGUUCCUUUGCAUCAUUUUUUUUUAUGUUUACUCUACCAAAGUUUUGCAUUAAUAUAAAUAAUAGUUCAUAUUUUAUUUUAUCAAAGUUUUGUCUUGGACUUUAUGAAAAAGAUAAAAAAAAAUUGUUGCUACUGUGGGCUUUAGUAAUAACACACAUGUAUCAAAACUUUUGUACUGAUCUACAAGUUUAUCAAAGCAAUACAAUUUAUCUUUAUCUUUUUCAUUUAUUAUUUUUUUUUUAAAUUCAAUGCUAAUGCAUUCAAAAAAAAUUAGGUUAUAUAAGUUCUUAAUUAAAUAUUAUAUAAUGUCUAUAUUUUGUAAACUAGAUUUAUCUAUUCCAUUGAUUUUUUUUAUAUUUAUAUUGCCUAUUGAAUUAAUAAUUUAGUUGUAGUACAUAUUUUUUACUUAAAUUUGUCAUCAUUUAACGAGCCUUGAAGGCCUAACACUGCCAUCUUGAGAUGGUUGACGUAAAAUUAUAUUAUAAUAUUAUGUAUAUUAUAUGAUAGUGUUAUGUAUUAUUAAUAUUUUGUACCUCAUUUGUUCAGUUAUAGUCCAUAAGUUUGGGUUAGACUGGAUAUUUUUAUACAUGGCACUUGGCAAAUUUAUAAUUUACCUAUAUAACAUGUCCAAAAUAUAUUGAAAUAGACAUUUUUUUUUAAA